AUGUUCGCAGAAAAAUUGGUGGCUUUUCUUUAUCUUGGAAUAUUCGUGGUUAUUCUGUUAUUUUCGGCGGAUAGUUGCCAUGCUACUUCCUACAACGAUUUUCCCAUCAAUGGAAGCAGUAUUAUCUCCAGGCUGGAACGUAAGCCGAAAUUAAAUGUGGUCUCCUUUGAACCUUUGGGUCAACAUUUAGCUGUGGGAUUGGAUUUUCUUUUGCCCUUCAUAAAAAUACCAAUUGUCAGGACAGUUGAUGUUUAUGGCAUUGAACCGGCACUAAUCAACAUUAAUACAGCAGCAUUGGUUACAACUGGACUUCUGGCUGGAUCAAGUGUUCUUGUUUCGUACAUCUUCAGAAGAUAUGUCCUCUUUGAAGCUACAAUGAAAUCUGAUAAAUCGGAAAGAUCAAAUUACGAUUUUGAAAGUGAAUUAUGGUCGGUGCUUCAAAAUGUUAAAGUUGUUUAUAAAAAUUCGACGGGUGAAAAAGUUGAUACCACCCUAACAGGUCUGCUAACAAGUCUGGAUGAAACGUUCUCAGAGAAAGGUAUCAAUUUGAGUGAAUGCAUUCACAAGGCCCUAUGUCAACGUCUACAACAAUCUACCAACUCCAAUCGCCAUGAAUAUCGUAACGAUGACUCGUUGUCAGGAAUUGAUAAAAUUUUUGAAGGCUUAACCGGUAUGGAAUGGAUAUAA